GAGGCAGUGACGUCACAAGAUGGAAGAGCCGCCUGCUCCACUGGACGAUCACCGGGUCGAGAGCGUAAACUGUGCGGUCGAGAUAUCUGUCUAGAGCUUAAUUUACACACUAAAGAAACGAGCUGGAGUGAAAACACGCGCUGUGUUAUCACUGUUUUUUAUUUACUCGAGCUGUUUAGGAAUCAGAGCUCGGACGCUUGAACGCCACGUUUGCCCGCUCCUUGUCCACACAGCCCGGAGAGGGGGCAGGAGCUGGAACCUUCCACAAGCCGGAAGAAACCCAGGCAGCGAGGAGGUGAGCGGAAUGAGCGCAGUUGGGGAUGGAGAUAGACUGUCAGCCCGAGGAGUCCAUGGUCUCUUCAUUUGAUGAUGACUGUGUCGGGCUUGGUGACGUCAAGGACAUGAGACUGGAGGCAGAGGCAGUGGUGGCCGACGUACUCUUUGCCGUUACAGUAAUGCACGUGUCAUAUAGUCUCAGCAGUGCGUUGGACGUAGCCUACAUCAACGUGCAAACGAGAGAGGGAAACCGGUAUUGUCUGGAGCUCUCAGAGGCCGGACUGAGGGUGGUGGGCUAUGCUUUUGAUCAAGUGGACGAGGAUUUGACCAACCAGUAUCAUGAGACGGUUUAUUCCCUCCUGGACUCGCUCAGUCCGGGAUACAGAGAGGCCUUCGGGAACGCUUUGCUGCAGCGGCUGGAGGGGCUGAAGCAAAGUGGACGAUAAAGAAACAAAAACCAGGGGACUUGGAUGCUACAUAAGUUGUUCAAGUGAAAAGGGGCUGAUGAUGUUGGUGUAUUUGGACAUGAGCCAAUAAUAACCAUGUCUGGUCCAAGAUUAUAGCCUAUUAUGUGACAACCACCUGCCUAGCUACCACUCCAAUAAGAUGUACCCUGCCCUAUCAAGGUUGCUUUGUUCUGAGUUCAUAUCAUUGAAUGGCGACAUAUUUGAUACUUCAGAGUGUGCGGGGGCUGUUGGUACGGUUGCAACAUAAUGGUGUUGACCGACACUGUGGAGAGAUCUUCCAGCUUCCACUUGUUACAAGUUUGUAACUGUGCAGGAAAGAAGCAGCAGGUUGUACUGGUAGAAGUUCCGUGUCCUCCUCCCGGUCUUCUGCCCUGCCUGCACUAAAACUGUGACCUGAUGAUCUCUGCUCUAACAUACUCAACUCCUUCUCAUUCAGCAGGUGUCUCAGUAAAAGAGCCAAAGAUAUAUUCUCUGCCUUAAUGAUCGACUUUUGGUUUGAAAAGUGCAAAAUGAACCCAUUCCUGGAAGGAGAUCGUUUUUUGUGGGGCUGUCGUUUAAUAAACUUAUUUGAAAGUUCUGAUUAUUUUGUAAACAGACACCGUAUUUAAUAGGGCUAUUUUCUCCCUACAUAUGACAAAGUACAUUAUAUCUCAAGCUUGUAUUCCAAACUGCUGUAAAAGUAAAAAAGCUCUUUGGAGGUUUGAGUUUUUGUUCCUUUAACAUUUAAACUAUUUAACACAAUGCAAAUCAGUUUAUAUUCAGCAAUGAUUUCUGGAGUUUACUUUGAUUUAUUGUACAUGUGACCUGGUUAUGAUCCCGCCUAGGUCUUUUCAAAUGUACUUUAAGUAAACUUGUACUUUCCAUUCAGUUUUUCCUUGCUGCUGGCUUUUGCUCUGAUCAAUAAAAUCUCAGAAGUA